CAUCCUCGACUCCUUCCGGGUGUCCUCAACCCACAUGCUCUGUAUAGCCAGCGUGCCAGGAGCCAUGGAAUCAGACUACCCUGUGGCAGAGGAGAUCCUCAAGGCAGAAGCACCACCACUCCCCAAGGAGACUGUUGUGUCGGAGGGCAGCACCUCUGCUGACCAGAACGGAGACAGCAAUGGGGUAGGGGGGAUAACUUUCGUCCAGUGUUCCACUGGCACCACAGGUCAAGAAGCUAGCUCUGAAGCCUCUCCAGCAGGGUCCCCUCCACGCAGGAGGUCCAGAGAGCUGAGUCCUGAAACAGAUGCAGAGGUUGCAUCAGCUCUUGCCGAGGCUGUCACAGAUGAUGGUGACAGCGGAGAAGCAAGGGAAAAGGCGUACAAUGAGAUCAACAAGGAGGCCCAUGAUGAAGAUCCUCUUGGAGCCACGACACUCGAGAGCAUCAAGCCAACCGUGUUUCGAGCAACAGGUUCCCCAGUGUCGUCAGGAACAGCCACACCCAACUCCACAUCAUCAGGUGGAGAGAAGCGCCUGCAGGAUCAGGAGGAGCUGGACAAGGAGGGCAUAUCGUCCAUCGCUGCUGACAACGAGCUGCAGUAUGGCGAGCUGGAGAAGAUGAGCAGUCUCCUCCCCACCAUGUGGAUGGGCUCACAGAGUGGCAGUUUAUAUGUGCACUCAGCUGUGGCCCAGUGGAGGAGGUGUCUGCAUUCUGUCAAACUUCGGGAUUCCAUUCUCAGCAUUGUCCAUGUGAAAGGUCGUGUCAUGGUGGCCCUGGCUGAUGGAACAGUGGCGAUAUUUCACAGGGCGGCAGAUGGUCAAUGGGACUUGAAGAACUACCAUCUGCUCGACCUUGGUCGACCACAUCACUCAAUCCGGUGCAUGACAGUCAUCGCCAACAAGAACGUCUGGUGCGGAUACAAGAACAAAGUACACAUCAUUAAUCCUCAGACCAUGGGUAUUGAGAAAAGUUUUGAUGCCCAUCCUCGCAAGGAAAGCCAAGUUCGGCAGUUAUGUUGGGUCGGGGAGGGUGUGUGGGUGUCCAUUCGUCUAGACAGCACUCUCCGCCUGUACCACGCCCACACACACCAGCACCUCCAGGACGUGGACAUAGAGCCGUAUGUCAGUAAGAUGCUAGGUACUGGCAAACUAGGCUUUUCUUUCGUACGUAUAACAGCCAUGUUGAUUUCCUGCAACCGACUUUGGAUUGGCACAGGAAAUGGUGUGAUCAUUUCAGUCCCUCUCUCAGAAAGCAACAAACAACAGGUAACCACUUCUAGUCGGCGCCAACCCGGGGGUGUGAUACGAGUGUAUAGUGACACCAAAACAGACAGUGUUACACCCGGUUCAUUCAUCCCCUACUGUUCCAUGGCCCAGGCACAACUGUCCUUCCAUGGACACAAAGAUGCUGUGAAAUUCUUCGUUGCAGUGCCUG